UUGCAGUGGUGAAGCCGCCUUUCUUCCGCCAGGCAGCGCAUCUUGUGGACUCGGAGCUUCAGAGACCUGCUCCGCGCCAUGGCGUCCCAGAGUCGUCGGCGGAGGCCACCACGGAAGCCGGGGACGGUGGUGCCGGGAGAGGCGACCGAGACGGACUCGGAGCUGUCUGCGUCCUCGUCGGAGGAGGAGCUGUACCUGGGUCCCUCGGGCCCGACGCGCGGCCGUCCCACCGGGCUGCGGGUGGCCGGGGAGGCCGCGGAGACCGACUCGGACCCCGAUCCGGAGCCGACGGCCGCGCCGCGGGACCUGCCCCCACUCGUGGUGCAGCGGGAGUCGGCGGGGGAGGCCUGGGGCGCCGAGGAGACCCCGGCCCCGGCCCCCGCGCGCUCGCUGCUGCAGAUGCGGCUGGCCGAGAGCCAGGCGCGCCUGGACCACGACGUGGCGGCCGCGGUGAGCGGCGUGUACCGCCGUGCGGGCCGCGAUGUGGCCGCCCUGGCCGGGAGGCUGGCAGCUGCCCAGGCGGCGGGGCUGGCGGCCGCACACAGCGUGCGCCUGGCGCGCGGGGACCUCUGCGCGCUGGCCGAGCGCCUGGACAUCGUGGCCGGCUGUCGCCUGCUGCCGGACAUCCGCGGUGUGCCGGGUACCGAGCCAGAGCAGGACCCGGGACCGAGGGCCUAGCCAGACCCCAUGUCCCCAUCUGACUCUGCUCCUUGGGGGUCGUGCAGCCUCUGGUAUCUGGCUUUGUCCCUGUGUCCUCUACUACUGCCCCCACUCAGCUUGCUGUAACCGUAGGGCUAGCCCAGCCUCCUGGACAGGUCUCUAGUUUCUGUUUUUGGUCCUGAUCCUGCUCUGCUCUUGGGACUGGCAUGGGGCUUGGUCUGUUCACCUGCAGCUUGGGGUUUGGAGUUCACCGUGUCCCACCUUGCUGUCUGGACCCCCUCCCCACUCGCUUGGCUCCGCCUCCAGUCCUAGCACAACUUCUGUGAUCCCCGACACCCCACUCCCCCAGCACAUAUCCAGUACAGUGUGGGUCUUUCUUGGCUACCCAGGCUUCUUGGCUCUGGUUGCAUCCGGGUUCUAGAUCUUGCUGUCUCCUGGCUCCUCCUCUUUAGGAUUAGCUCCGCCUCUUCUUGUUUCCGGAGUCCCCUUGCACCCUUAAGAUAGGAUUUACUUUGCCUUGCUUUUCUCAUCCUGCUUAUAAUACCUACCUGGUCCUGGGCUUCAGGGACCCCUAUAGUUUCCUUUCUAAGACCCAAAAUUAUGGCCCCUCCUGACCAAAAGGUGUCCUCCCCCAGCUCCCCUAGACCAGUGUGGCACCCUUCAGGCACUUGGGCCCAGUCCAGUCCCGCCCUGGCCAGAGCUUUGGGCUCAAUAAGGCGUCUAUGGGCUGCUAGUCCAGGGCAGUGGUAGAGCCUUUGCCCAGUAGGUGCAAAAACCUGGGUUCUGUGCCCAACACCAACAACAACCCCCGCAGAAAAGAAUGUGCCAGGCAUUCUCGGUGUUGGUGCCUGGAUGCUACGUGGACUUGGCUUCCUCACCUGGCUUGGGACCUGGGAGCGACAGCCUCUUUCUGCCCCUUCUUACCUGCUUCUGGACCGGCUAGAGCACCUCAGGCCACUUCCACUUCUCUCCCCCAGCUUACUGUUCGGCCCCAGGAUGGAAGGGCCCUGUCACCCCCACAUUA